AAUGUUUUGAACUGCAGAACUCGACCUGGAAGUAAAUAACGUUCACGCGUUGAUUCAUGUGUAUAUCAACAUGUCUUCCAGCGUUGCAUUGAAACGCCCUAGUCUUGGGUCUUUUAAGGCCGUAGAGAGGGUGGACUGGAAGAAAAGGAAGGCAGAAAUACAGGAGACUAAGAAGCAAAGGAAAGAGGCCAAGCUGCUCAAACAAUUAGAAAAGCAGAAACAGCAAGAGGCUGCUGAGAAAGACAAACCUGAACCAAGCCAGACCAAAAAAGGUCGAGCUUACACAGUGAGUCUAGCGCUGCCAGGUUCGAUUCUGGACAACGCUCAGUCUCCUGAACUUCGCACUUACCUCGCGGGACAGAUCGCUCGUGCCUGCGUUGUAUUCUGUGUUGACGAGGUCAUAGUGUUUGAUGAACGAGGGGAAGACAUUAAGAGCGUUGAAGGAGAAUUUAGUGGUAUUGGGAAGAAGGGACAUGGGUGUGUUCAACUUGCCAGAAUACUUCAGUACCUGGAAUGUCCACAGUAUCUGCGCAAGGCUUUCUUCCCAAAGCAUCAAGAUUUACAGUAUGCAGGUUUGCUUAACCCUUUAGACAGUCCUCAUCAUAUGAGGAUAGACGAGGAAUCUGAAUACCGGGAAGGCGUCGUGGUCAACAGGCCUACCAAACAACAAAAAGGUUCAUUUGUCGACUGUGGAAUGAGAAGGGAAGUUCAGAUUGAUAAGCAGUUGCAGCCUGGACUACGAGUUACAGUACAGCUCAGAAAGACACAAAAUCCAGAAAGCAAACUAUAUAAAGGUGUUGUCGUGGCGCCUCAUGUUCCCCGGACUGAAGGUGGUCUUUACUGGGGUUACGGCGUUCGUCUGGCAUCUUGUCUCAGUGCAGUUUUCACAGAAAGCCCGUAUAAAGGAGGAUACGAUCUGACUAUUGGCACAUCAGAGAGAGGCAGCAAUGCGGACCAAGCCACACUGCUGCCAUUCAAACAUCUUUUGGUCAUUUUUGGAGGUCUUCAGGGAUUGGAAGCCAGUUUAGAUGCUGACCAAAAGCUGGAUGUGACUGACCCCAGUGUUUUAUUUGACCUGUACCUCAACACAUGCCCCGGUCAGGGCAGCAGGACCAUUCGUACGGAGGAGGCCAUCUUAAUUUCCAUGGCGAUACUGAGGCCAAAGAUCACAGCUGCCUUUUCAGAUGUUUCCAGUAGCAGUAUUUCACUGAAGAAUUAGUGAUAUAUUAACACAAGUUUAUUUCCCCAAAUCUGGGAUGUAAGAAGAACAGAAGAACAGAUUUAAUUCUCUCCGUUUCUACAUUGAUCAGCAAAUUUUACAUAUUAAACCAUAAAUAUUAUUCACAACUGUUGUGCAUUGUGUCAGUGUGUUUCAUGAAAAACAGUGCAGAGACCAGCGUGGCCAAACAAAUGGUGCCAAACGUCUGUGUUUAAAAUUCUGAACAAAUAAACUUAAAUACAUGUUUGCAUUUUUUUUGAAAACUAAGCUUUUGUUCAACACUGCAAGACUUUCCAACUGUAUUCCAGCUGCAGCUUAUUUUGCAUGUAUUUUACCAUUACAUUAACAUUUCAUGAACUGUCUCGGGUCCCAAGUUUAAACUAUCCUAAAGUCUUUUUUGGCCAGUCUUCAUAUACUCACCCACAGUAAUUGGGUGGAACCAUUCCAUGAACUCUGAUGUUAUCACAUAUAUCAGUGGCAAUGACCAGCCUGUAAUUUGUUGUGUUUUAGCACAACAAAUUAUUGUUCGCUGAUGUUUUAUGUAGCGAAGCUGGAAACAUGAAGACUGUCGAGUUGAUCGAGCUAAUAAUAAAUCCACAAUGUUCAGUAGUCUCUGUGCUCAUAUUGAUGACUCAUGGAUUUUAAGCAACCAUGUUAAAUAUAUCUAAUAAAAAA